GAAAAAAAAGCCCAAAAAUGGCAGUGGAUCAUUACUCUCUCACCCCCGCUGUGGCUGCGUGCGUCACCUUCUGGAGCGGCGGGCGGGCGGCAGGCAAGCAGCCAACUCAAACUGAACCUCUGACCUAAUUGCCAAUGGGGCUAUCAAGGGGCCCCACUAAUCCACGUAUCCAUCGCCAGUUUAUUUCACGCUUAAAUCUUUGAGAACCAAAUUUCUAAUUGGAAGAACCAGAGAAGAAGACAGCUCUCAAUGCGAGCGUUGCCAUUACGUUCCUCUGGCUUUCAUUUUUCCUUCCAAAUUCAUUUACCAGAACACAAAUCCUAAAUCUUUCUGAUUACCCACAAUUGCAAAAUCAUAAUAACUGGAUUAUUUUCCCUCUAAAUUUUUUUUUUCUUUUUGAUUUGCGUGAUUGAUAAAAAAAGUUGCAGGGGAAUGAAUUUUUGGACAUGAAGGACAGAGAAGUGGUGUUGGAAGAUGGAAAAGGUGCCUGGAGCAAUGGGGACAAGCGCUAGCUUGGCUCUGAGAUUGGGUCAGGCUAUCUUCUCAACUGCUUCCCUUCUCUUCAUGUGUUUGGGCAUUGACUUCUACAGUUAUACUGCUUUUUGCUAUUUGGUGACUAUCAUGGGUCUUGUUAUUCCAUGGAGUAUAACACUGGUGCUAGUGGAUGUAUAUUCUGUCUUUGUUAAAUUUUUACCUCAUCAACCAAGAAUUCUGUCAGCCAUUGUCAUUGGAGAUUGGGCUUUAUCAUUUCUAUCUUUAGCAGCAGCAAGCUCAACAGCAAGCGUUACAGAUAUUCUGCAUGAUGCUGGAAGUUCAUAUUGCCCUGUAACAUUGUGUAGCAGGUAUCAGUUGUCUGCUGCUAUGGCUUUCCUGUCUUGGUUUCUGUCAUUUGCCUCUUCUCUCUUCAAUCUUUGGCUUCUACCUUCUUUGCUUAAUGUGGAGAUGUGAACCCCACCCCCCCAGCGAAGUUCUCUCAUUGUGUAUUGGAAUAGCCAUAGUUUUCUUUUUUUUUUAAAAAAAAAAAGUUCCGACUAAGGUUUAAACUGAGACUUCUUAGCUCUGGAGAUUUUUAAAUUAGUUCUCUUAUAGCCAUAUGCUUGGUGUAUAAUUUCAUAUGCAUUGCAAUUGUACUUUGGUCAUUCUUUUUUCAUAUAAACAAUUGAUAGAACCCACAAUAAGGGCAUUGAUUAAUAGUAUUCUCUUUACCAU